GUCAAUUUUUUGAUAAAUUAAGAAAAAACCCAUGAUUUAUUCAUGUCCGAAAGUGUAAUCGAACGGUGAUGAUGAAAUGAUGAAAUUUAAGUUGUAGGCUUAAAAACAAAGCGGGAUUCUAUCACAACAUAGCCCUCCCCACCUCUACUUCGUCGAUCCAACUGGGAAGCAAAGCAGCCCUAGAAAAUUUCACUCUUCCAAAGUUGUAAAGCAGGGCAAUGCCUCGCCGAGAGGGUAGAGAUUCCGACUCCAGGCGGCACCGUUCAGGUUUCGACCGUGAACCCAGUCCUAAGAGGUCUAGGAGGGAUGGGAAACCUGAGACUGAAAGAGUGGUCUCCAACGCUGAUGUUGGAGACAGGGUAGACCAGGAUAAGAAGCAGCGGCGUCGGUUACAAGAUGCUUUACCCCUUGAGGCCCCGUCAGCUCCUGAUUCUUCUAAGAUUGAAAGUGUGAUUCUGAAUAAGGAAUCAGAUAGGAAAAACAAUGGACGCCAUGAAGGAAUUAAACAUUCUUCUGAUCCUACUGAAGUACCUCGGUCUAGAUCCUAUUUUCAGCACGAUGAGCGUGGUAAUGCCACUCAAGCUGGUCAAAGUUUUGGUCAGAGAGCAGCUAAUGAGCGUGGAUGGUGGAGAGAUGCAAAGGAUCAGCAUAAUGAAAGGGAGACUAAAAUAUAUCAAACGAGGCAAAGAGACGAGAAACCACAAAUCAUUGGGGAUGGCAAUGAUGAGUGGCGCCAUGAUAGGUUCUUUGAAAUGGAGGUUGAUGCACUGCCACAGCCACCAUCUACCAGGAAACAACCUGCAUUUAGGGAGAAGAAGAUCCUGGCAGCAACUAAAAGUACUGACAACAAAACACAGGAGCCGGAAAAGGCAAACCAUUCUGGCCAUCAGGUAUUAGGAAGUGAAAGAAGAGUGGAUAGGGACCGCAACCCCCAACAUUUGGACAGACAGGACAGACUCUCCGCUGGAGAUCAGGUUCCAAACAGAAGAGAAGCACCCAGAGGUGGAUUUUCAUCACAUGAGAGGCAUGGAGAUGGUGGUGGCAAUUUCAGGGGAAGAGAUAGAUUCAGUGGCAGGCAGGGGUACCGUUCAGGUGGUACUCGUGUUGAGAAGUGGAAGCAUGAUUUGUUUGACGAGGCUAACAAGAGUCCUCUCAGAAAGAACGAGGAGGAUCAGAUCGCAAAGGUGGAAUCACUCUUGGCUUCUUAGAGCUCAAGCUAUGCUCUCACUGGCCCUUUGGUUUGAUUAUCAAAUGUCAAUGGUCUUUGAUCGAAACAUUUUUCAAAGCCCAAAGUUUUUUUUUUAUUAUUAUUUUGUUAUUUUUAUCUUUGUUGCUUCAUUCCGUUGUGUUGUGUUUCAGGUGCAAAGUUUUUCCAUGUGUUUAUGAUUUCAACUCUUUUGUAGUGGCUGAAUGACAGAAUUUGAACAAUUUGGCUUUGUUUGGAUGCUUUUAAAUGCAGUCU